AUGAAUGCCGCAGUAAAACGCUCGACGUACUUGCGAGCAACCUGCAACUUCAACACUGAAGAACUUAAAUACGAAGAUUACUUAAGGGCCAAGUUAAGCGAUAUCGAUCUUAUGCGCUUCAGUUUAAGUACUUGCAAAAAAUUCGAAUUUAUUAGCGUCCGCGGAAAUAACUGUACUAACAACACCGCUCAUUUCGUCCAAAGGGAUUUUUGGCAUGCGCAUAGUGAUUCGAAUAACCAAGAAUGUUCCUGUACCAGCUUAUCCGAAGGUGCAGUGAAGUUCCCGGGAGGCGAAGAUAACUUCGGAUGGUAUAAAACAAGAAAUCCGGUUCACAGAUGUGUAGCAAGUAAUGAUUCUACGACACAGUGGUUGUUCGGGGUACAAUACUAG